AUGGACCUCUUGCUCCCUCAGCGACUGGUCGGCGUUGAUCUCCGAACAAGCGAGUCCUUUGACUGCGAAGAAGGCUUCGGCCACGGGCCCUUCCAGAAGAGGAUGCUCCUACUGAUUCUUCUGGGAGCCUUCUUGCUUAAAUGCCAAACCAUCGUGGUGUCCGUCGUCACCGGUGAUGUCGACCAUUGGUGCAAGCCGCUCGCCGGAUUCAACGUCUCUGCAGCCGAUUGGAAGAAUAUUGCCAUACCGAUCGAGGCCGAUGGACGCUUCAGCCGCUGCCGCGUCUACGAACGCUGCAAGCCACCCGCAGAACUCAGCAAUUCCGUUGAGCGCGAGCAGAGUGAUGCUGGAACUGCUGUUGCCGGCCGGUGGUACAACAAAUGCUUCCUCAGCGAACUUGAGCCCCAAGACAGCAACGACACACGCGACGCGCCCUGUGAAGAGUGGGACUACGACGUUCGGACGGCCGAGACUAGUGCCGUGAGCUAUUGGAACCUGGUGUGCCACCGACGUUUCCUGCCUGCCACCCUUGUUACCCUGCAGAACACCGGUGCCGUGGUUGCCCUUGUCUUGCUCGGAGCCUUCGUAGACUACGUCGGCAGAAGAGUUUUGCUCCUCGGCUCCGCUAUAGCGGUGGUGACCUGCACGGUAUGCACUUUGGUGGCGACAAGUUACGUACAUUACGCUGUGGCACGUUUCAUUACCACUGUCCAUGUCGCCGUACAAAUGGUUUUCGCCUUCCUGAUCCCAUUCGAGGUGAUGACGCACACGCACAGGCCACACCAGGUCCUGUUCCUGGCGGUUAUGGGUUCGGCAUUGUGCGAAGUUUGGAUCGUCAUUAUCAAAUCUAUUGUCAUCGACUGGCGCUUGAAGCAGGCCAUCUUCCUCGCUCCGACGGCUCUCCUGCUCCCUGUUUUGUUUACAGCACGAGAGUCACCCCGAUGGCUCGUUGCCAAAGGAAGGAUGGACGCGGCAGAAGUAGUCAUGAUGGAGGGGGCCAAGACCAACAACUUCCCGAUUGCGGUCACGGCCUGUCUCGUGGGAAAGCUCAGCGAACGAAUCCAGAACCGCGCGAGUCAGGAAGGCGCAGACACAGACGACUUGAUCGACUGUCACUCCCUCCGACGUCGAGCCUUGGCCAUGUUCUCUAUCUGCUUCUCUAUGUCAUUCAUCUUUUACGUCAACGCUUUCUCGACGGCGCAAUGGCGGGGAUUCUGGAUCUCGGGCCUCACGAUCAUCGUCAUGCUGUUCACGUACGCGGCGAUGCACUUCCUGAUGACCGGCGUCGCCCUUAUUACAGUACUUAGCAGUUGCUUCGUGCUGAUGGGCGUCAUCCAAUGCGCGAUGAGUAUCACCGCCGGCGCUGGACUCGUCACCAUCACCAAAGCCUUGGUCGUUUUAUCCAAGGGCGCGUCAAGUGUGAUUUUCGUCCACUGUUUCACGUACGUCGCUGAGCUGUUCCCGACGGCCGUGCGGGGUGGUGCGCUCUGCUGGGCGUUCGCCAGUGGACGUGCCGCGGCCGUGUGCGCGUCAGUGACUUCCGUACUGAAGCCGACCGGACGCGAUGACGUCGUCUUUGCCAUGGCGGGGCUGCUCCUCUUCACCUGCCUGCUCAUCAUCCGGGCCCUGCCACGCACGACUGUGGUGGAGGAAGCGAAAAUUGUUGCCAGGCACGCUACGGACGCCACUAGAAUAUCCAUGGAUCACAUGAAGCGGACCUUGGAGCGGCAAGCGCGGCAAAAGACGGUCAAGACAGCAAUCUCGGAGAGCUCCAAGUCAUCGGGCAAGAAAAGUCGAAAGAGAAGUGGCAACAACAGUCCUGGCAGUUCUAAGACACCUCGAUAG